AUGGCAACUUUUGUAAAACACCAUAAGAAAGGAGUAAUAAAUGUUUUUCCCUUUUUAGUUAAAAUAUUUAUAUUUUUUGUCUUAAUUUGGUUACUUAAAUGUUCUAAUAAUAGAGAAAAUGCAAUACGGGGUAGCGUAGACCAAUGUAAAUUUAAAAAAGCAUUAGACAGAAGGGAUAUCAGACGAUUGUCCGAAGCUAAUAACCAGUAUGUACCACGUAGUGAACGAGAUGCCUUUGAAAAUUUGGAGGAUUACUAUGCUAUAUUAGGGGUGAAUAGGGAUGCCACAAAUCUUGAAAUAAAAAAAGCAUACAAAAAGUUAACCAUGAAGUGGCAUCCAGAUAGACAUGUAGAUCCAGAAGAUAAAAAGAUUGCUGAAGAAAAUUUUAAGAUUGUUCUUGAAGCAUAUGAUGUUUUGUCAGAUGAAUAUAAAAGGGAAAUUUAUGAUUUAUAUGGUAUAGAAGGAUUAAAGGGAAACUUUCCAAUGUACAACGAAGAAGAAGAUGAAUCUCUUGGUUUCUCUUUUUCCAAAGCAAAAAUAAAUACUGCUGAAAUGUUCAAUAAAUUUAUAGAUCCAGUUAAAAAUUUUUCAUUUAAAUCAGUUUUUAAUGAUCGUUUUCCCCAAGUUUCAGCUUUUAUUAAUAAUAUGAAUUCCAAGAUUAAUUCUUCUUCAACACCAGGAGGCUCUAGUUCAGGUGACACACCUAAAUCACAUGAAGUGCCACUUACGGUGACAUUAGAAGAUUUGUACUGUGGAUGCACAAAAAGAUUAAAAGUUACAAGAAAAAGAUAUAAUGGACCUGUUUGUUAUGAUGAUCAUAAAUUGUUAACGAUAGAUGUAAAACCAGGGUCAGAGGAUGGAACUGAAAUUAUAUUUCCUGGAGAAAGUGAUCAAACCUCCCCCUGGGAACAACCAGGAAACAUAAUUUUCAAAAUAAAAUCAAAAGAACAUAACAUGUUCAUAAGAGAGGGAAAUAAUCUAAUAUUUAGAUGUGUGUUAACAUUAGAUCAAGCAUUAAGUGGCUUUCAAUUUGGUCUAAUAACAUUAGAUAAAAGAGAGUUACUAGUACGAGUAGAUGAUGUUGUGGCGCCAAAUUCCAGAAGAAUAAUUCCAAAUGAAGGAAUGCCACUCGUAAAUGACCCAUCUAAAAAAGGAGAUCUAAUAAUUGUGUUUGUAAUUUUAUUCCCUACAAAUUUAAGCAGCGAAGAAAAGAUGGCAUUGAGAGAUAUUUUAAGUAAUAAAAAAUGA